GCAAAAGAAAGUUUGCGCGUCUACAAUGAGCCGUGAUAAUCUCUAACAACUGGCACACGUUCAAAGAGAAAUAAUAGAGGCAUGAUAUUUUGUGCUGAUUUUAGACUCAUGUCACAAACUCGGCAAGGAGAAAAGCAAUAGAGCACGAAUCUGUGAAAGUUUCAGCUAUGCCCGCACACUCAAAGACUGGCCCAGCUGAACUCUCCAGCAACUCUGCACGAGCUGUUGCCGAAAAGUCUGUCGGGACGCAGCAGAUGAGGCCUCGUCUUGUCGCUCCGAAGAAGUCAAAAUCAAAAGCCCAGGCUGAGCAGUCCUCGACUGAUGAUCACGAAGACUAUGAAACAGCUGCCAUACCGUUCCAUUUGCCUAUUCAGCAACGUCCUCAGCAGAAGGAUGAUGGUUUCGAUGCAUUAAUGGAUCCGUUCUACCAAGGCAAACACCUGACUGAUCCCGUGAACACAGCGGAGGACAAGUGGAAUCUACUUCCUGCAUUCCUCAAAGUCAAAGGGUUAAUCAAGCAGCACAUCGACUCAUUCAACUAUUUCAUCCAAGUCGAGCUUCACAAGAUUGUGAAGGCGAACCACAUCAUCAUGGCUGGUGUUGAUAAAACAUACUGGAUCAGAUAUGCUUCUAUCCGCGUAGGGAGUCCAUCUUACAGAGCUUCUGAGAACAGGGAGUCCAAAGAUGGCAUCGGCAUCACUCCACACGAAUGUCGUCUGCGGGAUAUGACCUAUUCGGCGCCAAUAUACGUCACUGUUCAAUUCCGGAAAGGCAUUGGCUCGCCAUGGGCGACAAAACGCGAUCUCGAGUUAGGUCGUAUCCCUAUCAUGUUACGAAGUGCUAAUUGUGUCCUUGUCGGGAAGAACGAACACCAACUUGCUAUGAUGCAUGAAUGUGCUCUUGAUCCAGGAGGUUAUUUUGUGGUCCGUGGUCAGGAAAAGGUCAUAUUGGUUCAAGAACAGCUAAGCAGAAACCGAGUACUCGUUGAAUCUGCCAAAGGCAUAGUUCAGGCUUCGGUCACAAGCUCUACAAGCGAGCGGAAGUCUAAAACGUACGUCAUCCACAAGAACGGACGGCUCGUCGCUAAGCACAAUAUUUUAUCUGAAGAUAUUCCGAUUGUCAUUCUCUUCAAGGCCAUGGGCAUUCAAUCUGAUCAAGAAAUUCUCUCUAUGGUUACUGGAGAGGAUGCAGUUUAUCAGGAUAUCUUCAUCCCUAACUUCGAGGACAUUGCUAAAGAGAAUAUCAACACACAAUUCCAAGCCCUCGAGUUCAUCGGACAGCGUGUCAAGAUCAUGCGUAAGCCACAAGGCGGUGGGUCCAAACGUAAUUAUGUCCAAGAAGCAAUUGAGGCAAUCACUUCAAUCAUGAUCACGCACGUUCCAGUAGAGGGGAUGGACUUUCGUCCUAAAGCACUCUACUUUGCAUUCAUGGCCCGUCGGGUUCUGAUGGCCGUCCACGACCCCAGACUUGUGGACGAUCGUGACUAUGUAGGCAACAAACGUCUCGAACUUGCUGGACAGAUGCUUGCGCUGCUUUUUGAAGAUAUUUUCAAACGGGUUAACAGUGACGUAAAAGCACGAAUGGACAAAGUGCUACAAAAGCCAAACAGGACACAAGCCAUAGAACCUUGGGAAUAUCUCAGAAUGGGAGGGGAGUCCAUCACGUCGGGUAUGGAACGCGCUAUUGCGACCGGUAAUUGGACCUUGAAGCGUUUUAAGAUGGAGCGUGCUGGCGUCUCGCACGUUCUUAGUCGCUUAAGCUAUAUCAGCGCCCUCGGCAUGCUCACUCGUAUCAGCAGUCAAUUCGAGAAGACUCGCAAAGUCAGUGGACCGCGCGCUCUGCAGACAUCACAAUUCGGUAUGCUCUGUCCUGCCGACACGCCUGAAGGUGAACAGUGUGGCCUCGUGAAAAAUUUGGCACUCAUGACACACAUUACAACUGAGGAUCCUGAAGGCCCUAUACGGAGGACGGUCUUUAUGCUUGGUGCUGAAGACCUUGCGUCGGCCAGCGGUGAGGAAAUGUACCAAGUUGGUACAUACAUUGUCUUCAUUAAUGGCACACCGAUGGCUCUUACGAAGACGCCCAAACGGCUCUUAACUGGCUUUCGCAGAUUUCGCCGAAUGGGUCGCAUCUCAGAAUUCGUGAGCAUUUUUAUCAAUCAUGAUCAUCGCGCAGUUCACAUCGCCACAGAUGAAGGACGCAUAUGCCGUCCGCUAAUCAUCGUGGAAAACAAGAAGUCCAAGGUUACAGCUCGGCAUCUGGCUCUUCUUCGAGACAAGAAAAUGACUUUCGACGACUUCUUGGCCAAAGGUUUGGUUGAGUACUUGGAUGUUAACGAAGAAAACGAUUCAGAUAUUGCCAUGUAUGAAAAAGACAUCACUAGUUCCACCACACAUCUUGAGAUUGAGCCGUUCACGCUGCUUGGAGCUGUCGCUGGUUUGAUCCCUUACCCUCAUCACAAUCAAUCACCGCGAAACACAUAUCAAUGUGCCAUGGGUAAGCAAGCUAUAGGAGCAAUUGCGUAUAACCAAUUCGAACGCAUUGACUCUUUGCUUUAUCUCAUGGUCUAUCCUCAAAAACCAAUGGUUAAAUCACGCACGAUUGAACUAGUACAUUACGAGAAAUUACCUGCUGGCCAAAAUGCGACUGUCGCAGUUAUGUCGUAUUCUGGUUAUGAUAUAGAGGACGCCCUGGUUCUCAACAAGGCUUCAUGUGAUCGUGGUUUUGGACGCUGUCAAGUCUACAAGAAAGUCUCACUCCCCUUGAAGAGAUUCCUAAAUGGUAACCAAGAGAAGGUAAAUGCUGCUGCGAAACAGCCAGGAAACCCGAAACACGAGAUCAUAGGCCGCGAUGGUGUUGUGGACCCAGGAAUGAGAGUACACAAGAACGAAGUAAUGGUGCUCAAACAGACGCCAAAAGAUACCGCGCCUCGAGCUUUCAGCAAUUUACGGGCGACAAAUGGACCUGUCGAAUACAGAGACAGCUUCACUUCAUACCGUACAUCCGAGCCGUCCAUUAUUGACAAAGUUGCAUUAACGGCAACAGAUACUGAUGUCACUAUCGUGAAAAUCCUUACGCGUCAGACACGACGUCCUGAACUAGGGGACAAAUUCAGUUCUCGUCAUGGACAGAAGGGCGUCGUUGGCCUGAUUGCAGAACAAGCAGACAUGCCAUUCGAUCAGCAUGGCGUUUGCCCAGACGUCAUUAUGAACCCACAUGGAUUUCCCUCUCGUAUGACUGUUGGUAAGAUGAUGGAACUUGUUUCUGGUAAAGCUGGUGUUCUGAAAGGUGAACAUCAAUAUGGUACAGCAUUUGGUGGGAGCGACUGUAGGGAGAUGGGAGAGAUCUUGGUUGAGAACGGCUAUAGCUACGAAGGGAAGGAUCAUCUCACUUGUGGUGUUAGUGGAGAGGUUAUUCCAGCAUACAUAUUUUUCGGUCCGAUAUACUAUCAAAAGCUUAAACAUAUGGUUCAAGAUAAGAUGCAUGCUCGUGCUACCGGACCAAUAGCCAUGCUCACAAGACAGCCCACUGAGGGUCGCGCUCGCGAUGGGGGCCUUCGCCUCGGAGAGAUGGAGCGCGAUUGCUUAAUUGCUUACGGUGCUGCUCAACUCUUGCGCGAGCGUCUUAUGCUGAGUUCGGACAAACACGAGUGUGACGUGUGCGCGACAUGUGGAGGCAUUGGAUACCAUGGGUGGUGCCAAACAUGCAAAAGCUCCAUAGGAGUCCGGAAGAUGACGAUGCCUUACGCAGCCAAGUUGCUUGUAAAUGAGCUAUCAGCGAUGAAUGUGCGAACAGGCUUGAAGAUGGUAGAAGAGUUUCCCAAUUGGGAAUGAUCAUUUCGUUCUGGUCGUAACACGACUGGUAGCUGGAUGUGUCAAAAAAGUGUGAAAAUGAACAUCAUCAUCAUCAGUGGACUCCCACGUGCUAUAUAGAUAUUGAGAUUGAUUCUGGCGCAAUCUCCAACAGACCAUUCAAAGUAUAAUCACAGCAAAAGCCUGGUCCUUGACUCGAAGCUAUUCCAGGCGUCCUGAUGCAUCAAAUACCCGAGACGUCAACAAAUCAAAUAAGAACCUGUAUCUGCAAUAUGCUACAUUACGCUCCUUUUCCUCUAUUACUAUAUAGCCCUCGCUAACUUUUCAAUAAAAGUUUAAAUUAGCA